AGCAGUGGUCUUGACGCGGCCAAGCGGAGCCAAAUUUAUUUUUCCCACGAUAGUAAAAAAAUGGAAAUCGAUAGCGAAAGCAAUGCUAGUUUUCCGAAAGAUGGGAUCGAGCGGCAAGCGCAAAGCGUCUUCACGCCACUAGCUGCAGCAAGCCGUGAAGAUGUGACUGCAGAUGAGAGCACGUCCUCUGCGCUUGUGUCAACAUCAUCUCUUACCGCCUCGUCCUCCGACAUGAUCACUUUCUCAAUAUGCAUUGCAAAAGGCUCGUACUAGUCACGUAGAGAUCGCACUACAAAAAAAAAGCUGCAAUUUGUAAUGCUGAUUUAUUCCCCGAGACCACAGAUCUGCCACGAUGUCGAUGACUGCGAUUGGUACGGUUUUUGAUCGGUACAACACUUUUGCAAUGCAUGUUGAACCAAGCCCGUCUAUCUCCGUCUGGGUCACGUCAUCCUCGACUACCGCACUUCCGUCCGCGCCCGCGGCCGCUACAGUUGGAAGAAGCAGCAGAAACUGCAGAAGCGCAAGGAGGACGCCGAGAAGCUGGUUUCAAACGUGCAGAACUGGGUGACCAGCCGGCAGCAGUCGCGGGAGCAAGCCUUGGCGCAGAUGAAACGAACCCGGGAAGCCAGACGCGAGCGCAGACUCGGGCGGACGAGCUUGUCGAUGCACUCGCCCGCGCACGUGCGGGACGCUUUCGAGGAGGAUAGCUUGCCGGGGGAAAGUGAGGAAGAGGACGAGGAGAAAUACAGCCGACGUGGUCCUCCUCGAGCAGGGUCGACGUCGUUCUUGCAAGAAGGAGAAAACACAACCACCACCACACCAGCGGCCCCUGCUGCUGACCACUCUCCUUCGACAGCUGCGGAGCAGUCCGAUUUGUUGUUGGGCCAGAGUCUGCUGGUUGCGAACGCGUUGAAAGCACAGCACGGGGGAGCAGUAGCUCUUGCAGAAGUAGAAGGAGUAGCAGAAAGUAGAACAGGACAAUCACUAUCACAUCAAUCAGCGGAUGUUGAACAAGCUAUUUUACUAUCUCCAGCCCCAUCAACAUCUUCCAGGGGCCGUGAGGUUUCCCGCCCCACGACCACAUUGACCCGGACUCGCACCCUAUCCGACCGUGCGUUGAGCACACUGGAGAAAGAGCGUCGCAGGACCAGCUUCGAGCUGCGGAAGCGGGCUCGCGCGAAUGCGUCCAAGAGGAACAGGACGUCGGGCAACGCCGCACAUCAAGGACAGGAGGGCGAAUUUGCAUCCUCCGCUCCAGAUGAAAUAACCGGGUCUGCAGCUCUGGUGUGUCGUGAAAAUAACACUUACCCUGCCGGUUUCGACAUGAGCCCGGUCGCAUACCCUCCGGAUAACAUUUUCAACGUCGGGACAAAUAAAACAGCAGCGAACAGAACCAAAAGAUCAACUUCUUUGCGGGACGAGCAUGACCGAUUCUCGUCGCGAACCUCGAACGGCAGUGAUGCUACGUCGUUUUCAUCUACUUCCGCAGGUAGAGCCGCGAACUAUAUGAGUAGCUAUCAGGGAAAAAUCGAGGCCUCGCGGGAACUUGCGAUCGCACAAUUAUCGGACCGGGAGCUCGAAUGCGAGUCGGAGCUGUCAUCUGCGGACGUUACCGAGGAUGAGUCCGUUGAAGAUCGUCCGGCGCAACCCCAAAAAUCGCCUCCGUCUUUCCUCGAACGGAUCGGGUUGUCUCCAGCGCAGUCUUAUCAACCGCAAAUAUGUUGUCUGGGUCUGGAAGUAGUAGAAUGCUGGGUUUGCGUUUGUUGUCAAGAUGCUUGGCUCACAUGACUCUUAAAUGUCGUGUAAUGCGUGAGCAGGAAAACGAAAAAAGUCUUCUUGUCAUGCAAAAAUGCCAGAUCCAGACGAGACUACAUAUUUGCAAAAUUGCAUAAGUCUUGUGGGAAGCGGCGCGGGUCGUGCGGGCGGCGGAAAGAAGACGGAAUAAAGAACAAAGCUGAUAUUAUCGCAUCAGCAUCACCUUCACUACCCGGCUCUGCUACUUCGCGACCAUCACCGUCAACAUCUACUACGUCACGACAGCACGACAGUCGGACUGUGAAGAAAAAGAAAUCGACGCGGAUAUUAUCCUCACGGGGGGCUUCCAGAGAAGAGAACGGCUCUAGUGCUGCGCCCGUUGGUCUUGGAGCACAACAUCAAAGCGGCACGGCCAUUGUCGGACAACAAAGCGAUGGAAGUCAAGAGCUGGAGGGAAAGAAUGCAGUCGAGAUCAACAGUUUUCCGCAAAGCCAAAAUCCCGACGACCUGCGUCUCCACUGGAUUUCGGCGGAGGAUCUGAUCGACGUGAUCUUUUUCCUCAUUGCGAACCCGAAGAGCGCAGGAGGAAUAUCAAGAAGGCUCGACGUAGUUCCUGGUGCGCAAAAAAAGAACAAGAACGAGAACAGUACUUCUAGCUACAACAAAGGACAACCAGGAGAAUCUCCAUGGGAGAUUUUCAACGCGGUGGCGCCGGACGGGGGCAUUCAGUUCGACGAAAGGACCGCAAUCGCCACGGAGGCGGUAUUUUAUCCGGAGUACCACGAAAGCCUGAUUGCUUCCUCCCCGAGCACCUUCCUCCACGACGGGGCAGCGGCGCAGAGGCAGCAGUUCUGCGUCGCUUGGAACGAGGUUGUGGCGGGGGAGAUGAAGCUGUUGAACAAUACAACUCUGGAGCAGCAGAAAAAUCCAAGAGGACAACGACUACGCGACGAUCGUCCUCUACAGGAGCUUCGCUCUCCCCCCGCUAGCCUGCCCUUCUACUCCACCGCAAACAACUCGUCGAGUAGUAUGCACGCACGAACUACCAAAACGACCUCCAGCAGCGCCGCCAGCACGCCGCGCAGCUACACUUCAUCUUCCACGCCCGCACUUCUGAAGAUGCCAGGGAAUAGCGUGGUUUCUUGGGUUGGCGGUGUGGUAGCUCCUUUUCUACCCGUUUCGGUGAUCAAGACGGUUCGGGACGCGGUCGACGAGUUGGGACCGGUUUGUUCAUCUGCGGGAGUUGUACAUCGUCAAGGCCGUUCUUCUCCAUUUAUUUCCGCGAACGCCUUGCAGCAGCACAAUGAAGCAGAGAGCACUCCUGGUUCGGAGGGUCCAGGGCGAGCAUUUUCGCCAACAUUUUCCAGUACGACCGGAUCCGCGCCUAGUACUGCUGAGUACCAGCAGUAUGAGUAUUAUUGUGCGGCCUCAAACAGCAAUCCGAUACUUCUGCACCCGCUGCUGGCGCCGUAUUACAGUGUGAAAACGAACGCCGUCCGUCCGCAAAAACUGUUGUCUAUGGGGUACGUAUUUCACGAUGUCGAUUUCAAUGAAUAGAAGCCUGUUCCUGUACGAAGAUUUUUCUAACGUUAACGGGACAAAAUAAACAUCAGCGCAAAGUGGCUUGGAUAGAACAAUCCAUGGCACAUAGUCGCU